GCCGCAGAGCGGUCCGGGAGGAGCCCACCCACGAAGGGCACCCCUCCCCGCAGCGGGUGGAGGGUCGCGCGUCCGCGGGCGGGAGGACAUGAGUAGGCAGCGCCAUGGACCCGAGGCAGGGGUGUUUCUUCAAUAGAUCUUCCCCCCAUCCAGUUCAAGACUAUGCGCACAGCAAGCUCAUACACCAUCAGUCCAGGACAGGCCCUCAACUGAAUAGUUUGCAGCUCCAGCAAAUAGGGUUCCUCAGGGGGCAGUUCUCAGAAGCGCCUCUAACUGGAAAGCAGGCACCAUCCCUGUUGCCAUUCCUUCCUGGACCCUGGCCAAGGAUUCCAGGACCAUCUGCUAGAGGCAGGCAUCUGGAACUCUGGCGUGUCCCCAGGGGUGUGCCUCUUAGAAAUCAGGUGCCCCAGAUAGAGUUCCAGCAUCCUCCCCAACGUGGCAGGACUCUGCCAUGGAGAAACGUUGAUAGGCUUUCCUCAAAUUUUCGUGAACUGAACAUUAACCAGGAUCAGGAACUGAGGAUCUUAGAGCUCUUGAAAGAGCUUGGAGAAAGGACGGCCACCACAGCAAGUGAUUUGGCUCACAGGCUCAGAGCCCCAAAGAAAGAAAUCAAUCGCAUUUUAUACUCUUUGGCAAAGAAGGGUAAGCUACAUCAGGAGGCAGGGCUGCCCCCUUUGUGGAGAAUUGCAGUCUCCGUUCCAGCCGGGUGGCAGGAUAGCCAAGAAACAAGAGCAGACAGCCAGAGAGCUCCACACUCAGACCCCUCUUUGGAAACUGAAGACAGAAGCCCCACACCUGACUUGGAAGAGCCUCUUGAGCCCUCUGAUAUGGCUGAGAUCAAGGAGAAAAUCUGUGACUACCUAUUCAACGCAUCCAAUUCUUCGGCCCUAAACUUGGCUAAAAAUAUCGGCCUCAACAAGGCCCGGGAUGUAAAUGCCAUGCUGAUUGACUUGGAAAGGCAGGGGGAUGUCUAUCGGCAAGGGACAACCCCACCCAUUUGGUAUUUGAGUGACAAGAAGCGAGAGAGGAUCCAAAUCAAGAGGAACAUGAACAGUGUCCCUGAAGCCACUCAAGCUGCUAUUCCUGAGGCCAAAAGAAACACAGAACUCCCCGCCUGUACCUUACCCGCAUCAACUGCCUCAAACAGCGUGGUGACCACUCCAGAAAAAGUGGAGAACGGGCAGGAACCUGUCAUAAAGUUAGAGAACAAGCAAGAGACCAGACCAGAACCCACAAAACUGAAACCGCCUGUCCAUGACAAUGGCCCCUCAAGAACAGGGUAUGUUGACUUUGAAAAUGGCCAGUGGGCCACAGAUGACAUCCCAGAUGACUUGAAUAGUAUCCGCGCAGCGCCAGGUGAGUUCCGUGCCAUCAUGGAGAUGCCCUCCUUCUACAGUCACGGCUUGCCACGGUGCUCGCCCUACAAGAAGCUGACCGAGUGCCAGCUGAAGAACCCCAUCAGCGGGCUGUUAGAAUAUGCUCAGUUCGCUAGUCAGACCUGUGAGUUCAACAUGAUAGAGCAGAGUGGACCACCCCAUGAACCUCGAUUUAAAUUCCAAGUUGUCAUCAGUGGCCGAGAGUUUCCCCCAGCUGAAGCUGGCAGCAAGAAAGUGGCCAAGCAGGAUGCAGCUAUGAAAGCCAUGACAAUUCUGCUUGAGGAAGCGAAAGCCAAGGACAGUGGAAGAUCAGAAGAGUCAUGCUACUACUCUGCAGAGAAAGAAUCGGAGAAGACUGCAGAGUCCCAGCCCACCACCCCUUCAGCAACAUCCUUGUUUUCUGGGAAGAGCCCCGUCACUACAUUGCUUGAGUGUGUGCACAAGCUGGGGAGCUCCUGCGAAUUCCGCCUCCUAUCCAGAGAAGGCCCUGCCCAUGACCCCAAGUUCCAGUACUGUGUUGCAGUGGGAACCCACACUUUCCCCACUGCCAGUGCCCCCAGCAAGAAGGUAGCCAAGCAGAUGGCUGCGGAGGAAGCCAUGAAGGCCCUGAAGGGGGAGGCCACCAAUUCAACCUCCUCUGAUGAACAGCCCGGAAGUACUAGUUCAGAAUCAUUCGAUAACUUGGAAUCUGUGAUGCCCAACAAGGUCAGGAGGAUUGGCGAGCUUGUCAGAUACCUGAACACCAACCCUGUAGGCGGCCUGUUAGAGUAUGCCCGCUCCCAUGGCUUUGCUGCUGAGUUCAAGCUGGUUGACCAGUCUGGACCUCCUCAUGAACCCAAGUUCGUUUACCAAGCAAAAGUUGGGGGUCGCUGGUUCCCAGCCGUCUGCGCACACAGCAAGAAGCAAGGCAAGCAGGAAGCGGCAGAUGCGGCUCUCCGCGUCUUGAUUGGGGAGAACGAGAAGGCAGAACGCAUGGGUUUCACAGAGGUAACCCCAGUGACAGGGGCCAGUCUCAGAAGAACUAUGCUUCUCCUCUCAAGGUCCCCAGAAGCAAAGCCAAAGACACUCCCCCUCACGGGCAGCACCUUCCACGACCAGAUAGCCAUGCUGAGCCACCGGUGCUUCAACGCUCUCACCAACAGUUUCCAGCCAUCCUUGCUUGGCCGCAAGAUCCUGGCUGCCAUCAUCAUGAAGAAAGACUCGGAAGACAUGGGUGUCGUGGUCAGCCUGGGGACAGGGAAUCGCUGUGUGAAAGGAGACUCUCUAAGCCUGAAGGGAGAAACUGUCAAUGAUUGUCAUGCAGAGAUCAUCUCCCGGAGAGGCUUCAUCAGGUUUCUCUACAGUGAGUUAAUGAAAUACAACCCCCAGACUGCCAAGGAUAGUAUAUUUGAGCCUGCCAAGGGAGGAGAAAAGCUGCAAAUUAAAAAGACCGUGUCGUUCCAUCUCUACAUCAGCACGGCCCCAUGUGGGGAUGGCGCCCUCUUUGACAAGUCCUGCAGCGACCGGGCUGUAGAGAGCACAGACUCCCGCCACUACCCUGUCUUUGAGAACCCCAAGCAAGGCAAGCUCCGCACCAAGGUGGAGAAUGGGGAGGGCACCAUCCCAGUGGAGUCCAGUGACAUCGUGCCUACGUGGGAUGGCAUUCGGCUCGGGGAGAGACUUCGCACCAUGUCCUGUAGCGACAAGAUCCUACGCUGGAAUGUGCUCGGCCUGCAAGGGGCACUGUUGACCCACUUCCUGCAGCCGGUAUAUCUCAAGUCUGUCACACUAGGUUACCUUUUCAGCCAAGGGCAUCUGACUCGUGCUAUUUGCUGCCGUGUGACAAGAGACGGGAAUUCAUUUCAGGACGGACUCCGACAUCCCUUUGUUGUCAACCACCCCAAGGUCGGCCGAGUCAGUGUAUAUGAUUCCAAAAGGCAAUCUGGGAAGACCAAGGAGACGAGCGUCAACUGGUGUCUGGCCGACGGCUACGACCUGGAGAUCCUGGAUGGGACCAGGGGCACAGUGGACGGGCCACGAAAUGAGUUGUCCCGGGUCUCCAAAAAGAACAUUUUUCUUCUAUUUAAGAAGCUCUGCUCCUUCCGGUACCGCAGAGAUCUACUUAAACUCUCCUAUGGUGAGGCCAAGAAAGCUGCCCGUGACUACGAGAUAGCCAAGAACUACUUCAAAAAGAGCCUGAAGGACAUGGGCUAUGGGAACUGGAUAAGCAAACCCCAGGAGGAAAAGAAUUUUUACCUCUGCCCAGUAUAGUGUGAGCCAGUAACUGGGGCGGGGUGUUUCACACUGGGAUGAGAGGUAGGUCAGUCGGGGGGGGGUUUCCUUUUUUUCUUUUUCUUUCUUUUUCUUUUUUCUUUUUUUUUAAUGGAACCAUAAUUGGUGAUCCUGAAGACUGAGUUCCUGUUUAUCCUGCUUUCUUUGGGGAUACUAGGCCAGCUCUAGGCAGCCCCUUUUCUUUUCCCAAGCCAAGAGAUCAGAGGUCGAGACCUAAGGGGGAAAAAAAAAGAGGGCUCUCGUUCCUUUCCACCCAAAGCUUAAGCAGUCACCGAGCGCCUGCAGCCCACUCUCCCUCUUCUGUUCUGUUCUAGUGUUUUCCAUUUCCUUUCCUUUUGUGUUUGCCACACUGACCUCUUGUGGUCUCGAUUAGGUUCCAGUUGACUCUGAAUCAUGUCAGGGACUGGUGAUUUCAUUUGUGGAUUCUGCAGGCCCCUCUGCUUCCCCUCCUCCCUUUCUGAGAUUCCUUCUGGUGGUCAGUAUGUUUCUCCUUUUCCUCCAAGAUGGGGGAUAAGGGAACUUAAUGAACUUGGUGAAACAUUUGAAAGGGCAGGAGAGUGAAGCCGCAGUUAGCUCGUUACUGGUGCCAAGUGACUGGGAGCUGCAGGUAAUACUCAGUGACCUUCGGAUCUUGCACUUUAGCCAGCGUGGGGGGAGCUGAGAGCGGAAACACGGCCAUGGGCAGCAAGGCCCUCCCCCAGGCUGCGAAAGGCUAGGCCCGCCUGCUCACCUGCCAGGCAGUGCGCAAGGUGGCUCCCCGCGGGGUGGCCGGACAGGCCCUGGGAAUGCAGGCAUGUCUUGGAAUAUUGCCUAGCUCCUAACUGCCUCUCCCCCUGAAGCAUUUCAAAGAGUUUGUCCUGGGGGACUAGGGGUGGAGGAGAGGGAAGUGGGGCCACAGACUCCACCCACAGGUAGGAGAAAACCCAGGACAGUUCCUGGAGGGCAAAUCGUCUCUGCUCAGAUAAUCAGGACUUGGCAAGAAAGACGACAAAAAAUCAUGUUGACUGAGAUCACUGUUCACCCAGCGUAUUUCUGAUGACAGUGACACCAAGGGAAGUUAACUAAAUCAUGGGUAAAUUAGGAGUCCAUAAGUCCUGGUUCUGAACUGCUGAUAACCUGUCAUUGCAGAUUUAAAUUC